AUGGCGCUUACGUGUAAGGCCGAGAUGGUGCUUACACGUUUGCAAAAACAUGACAUCACUAGCCACAGCGCUUUAAUUGAUAAGAGAAAUCCAGAGUUAGGACGUCCGAAGGUCACGUGCAGGGAGGCUCUGAGUCUUGGCAAAUGCCUCACCAAAUCAGUUGUAUACACUAAAUCAAAAAUCAGGAAUUUACUAGCAAAUAUAGUCAAAUCAAUGUAUCUUUUCCAACCCAAAUACCUCAUUCACAACAGAUUAACAUCCCUACCCGAGCUGCUAUUGUUGCCCUGCGUUGUGAGGGUCGCGGAUGGACGGGUAUCUCUACUAAAGUCUCUGGCUGCCCACCCUGGGGAGCACAACAACUCUAUACUCGCGAUGUUACCGAUCGCGGCCGUUACCGAUCGCGGCUGCGAGGAGCGUUUCCCUGAGGGAUCGUCUGUACAGGAAGCUCUGGUAGAGACAGCCACAUGCGAUGAGCAUCAAGAGGAUAAACCAUGGGCGACAGUUAUACAGGAAGUAGAGAGGAGCCACGGCGUCAGGACCCCAUAUUCUACUGGGUGGAAGGUCCUGACAGACUCAGAGAUCUUUCAGAAAAAACCAAAAGUCUCUAUACAAAAAGGCGCAAACGUCUUUAAGCACGCCCGUCCUCCUCCUAAUACGUUUAAAUUAGUAAUGGUUUGGGGUGGUAUCUGCCAUGGAUUUGGCCUUGGGCUGUUUCACAUAUGGGAGAAGGAAUCACCAGGAGGCUAUGGAGAGGAGGCUAUGCAGAGAAGGUCACAAAUCCCUGGUACAAAUGAGUAUCGUGUUCUACGAAUGCUCAGCGAGAACAUCCGGCGACUUGGUCGAGAGGAGCUUCUACCCUCAGGCCGCCCGCGUCGCCAGCGUCGCCCUGAAUGGGAGUUCAAAAUAGGGAGGGCAGAGCGUGGAGAGAAGAGCAAAGGAGGAAUCAAUUGGGUUCAUACGAUUUUACGGCGUAUAGGGAGGACAGUAUACGUUAUAGAGGACAACGCAUCUCCACAUGCAAAGGCGAAACAAUUCUCUAUACGUUUGAGACCCUACGUGCUCAAAAUUAGAGCAACCAGCUCUCAGAAAAGGCUAUACGAGAAGCGCGAUCGUGAGGGCGCAGAUUUCCGCUCAAGACUCCAGAAAUGUAUAAUCAUUGCUAGGCUUCUGGCGUUGACUUUUUGCCGCUCAAUAUGGGCCCAGAUGAUGUGGCAAGUGACCGACCUGGACCCACUUUUCACUAUUUCAGAUAAUUCUUGA